AUGGAAGGCAAUCUUAAGGAGUAUGAAAAGCUUAAGUCUGAACUAAUCAAGAAUAUCGAAGCAAAGAAGGGACUGGAAGAGGAGUUUGACCGUUUACAACAAGAUAUUUACGACAAUGAGACGGAGUAUCUCUCGGGAAACCAAGGCACCAGCAAAAAUAACAACAUUGGUAAUAUCAUAAAAGGAUUUGACAGUUUUAACAAGGUGAGCCGUCAUGGGUCGGACCUCUCGAAUCAUGGAUUUACGAAUGACGAUAGACUUUUUUCCCUAUCCAGUGCAGUAUUUGUCAAACAACAGCUUGAUGAUAUGCAAGAGCAAGAGUGA